AUGGUCAUCGUUGACAAGUCAGGAGUCCAUCGCCUCCAGGUUCGAUGCUGUGAUUGUCCCAAUGCCAUGAGUCCAGACAUUCAAAUGUUUCGACAUGGCUUUUUCCCUGCAUCAUUUAACAAGCCGAAGACCAUGUUCACCUUCAGAGUGCUAGAUGAAUUUCUGUUGGACAACCUCGAAUGCGGCACCUCAGCGAUGAACUAUUACAGCAAGCUUCAGCAAAUGACCUUGAGUGUGUUUCCACACCUUGUUCCGUGGAGGCAGUUAAAGUCUAUGAAAUGGCAUGGCUUCAGGCAUCGUUCUGACAACCUGAAUGCUGGAGAUCUCGCAUUAUUUUGCUUGGCAUGUCCUCAGCCCAGGAUUAACAUAUGCUUGUCAGGGGAUGAAUCACUUGAUGACUGGAAAUACACCUGGUCAUUUGUGAUGGAUGGAAAUUUCAAAGCCGAACACCUGCAUCCCAUCAAGCCAUAUGAUGAAGUUUGGCUCUCCAAUGGGUUGGGAUUUAUGGUGGGAAAGGAAAGGUAUCAAAAGCAUCUUGAAGAGGCUGCUGACACUGUGGAAAAAUCGAGCUGCAACAAUCAUCGGGCUAUCAAUCAAGCAAAUGCAGCUCAGCACAAGCUGGAGUCCACCGGUAUUGGGGGAGUAGCCUGUGCGCAACACAGUUGCUUUGUCCCUCACUCGAUGGUAGAUUUUUAG